AUGUCUGACAAGAAGGGCGAUGGCGCAAAUGCCAAAAAGCAUGCCCGCUCUAUUUCCCAGGAUGAUGUACUAAAGCACCCUUCCACCAAACGGGCCAAGGAGAUUGAUGGCCCCGAGAACCCCCAUAAUGAGCUACUGGAGCGCAUCGCCAAGGUGAAUCCGGAGGACUCCAAGCCGGGCAAGAUUCUGCAUUGGUUUCGAAGCAAGGAUCUCAGGGCUGAAGACAAUCGCGCGCUGCACGCUGCGUCUCUCAAGGCCAAGGAGGGAAAGGAUUCGCUCAUUACAUGUUUCUUGUUCAGCCCCGAGGAUCUCGAAUGGCACGGCACGAGUCCCGCACGCAGUGACUUUAUGCUGGAGACCAUUAAACUCUUACAAAGGCAGCUGACUGAUCUGCAUAUACCGCUCGUGAUCCUCGAGGCCGAGAAGAGGGGUGACAAGGGGUCCAAGGUCUUGGAGCUGGUCAAGGAGCAAGAAGUCAGCCACAUUUAUGCCAACAUUGAGUACGAGGUCGACGAGCUCCGGCGUGAUCUCGACUUUUUUGAUAGACUAGAAGGCCAACAAUUUGUGCUGCACCACGACCAGACGGUUAUUGAGCCUGGCAAGCUCAGGACGGGCUCCGGCGGCCCGCUCCAGGUCUUUACGCCUUACCACAAGGCCUGGCUCGCUGAGCUGUCGUCGGAUCCGGAGCUAUUGGAUACGUUGCCGCUGCCGCAGGCCAAUGACAAGUCCGCUUCGUCGGAUCUCAAGAAGCUAUUCGACCAGCCGCUCCCAAAAGUCCCCGAGUCCAAGAAAUUCGAUUCCGAAGAGGACAGGAAGCGGAUUCGGAAGCUGUGGCCGGCAGGCUAUGAGGCAGGAAUGAAACGGCUUCGCGAGUUCUUUGACAAAAAGGUCAAGACAUAUGCACAAAACCGUUCCAACCCGGCCGCCGAUAACUCAUCGCGGCUCUCGGCCUACUUUGCCGCCGGCGUCAUCUCGGUGCGCGAAGCAUUGUCAGUCGCACGGGAAAGCAACGACGGCUCGGCCGACUUUUCGCAGUCCGGUGCCGAGGCGGGCGUGGCAUCGUGGGUGCGCGAGGUGGUCUUUCGCGAGUUCUACCGGCACAUGAUGGUCGUCAAGCCCCACAACAGCAUGAACCUGCCACAGAACCUCAAGUUUGACUUUGUCCAGUGGGAAGACGACGAGGCCGGGUGGGAAAAGUGGUGCGCGGGCACGACGGGGGUGCCGUUUGUCGACGCGGGCAUGCGCCAGCUUCGUGCCGAGGCCUAUAUGCAUAACCGCCUUCGCAUGAAUGUGAGCAGUUACCUCAGCCGCAGCCUGCUUAUCGACUACCGGCGCGGCGAGCGCUGGUUUGUCGAGAAUCUGAUUGACUGGGACCUGUGCAACAAUACCCAAGGCUGGGAACCCUCCUAUACCGUCUUCAACCCCGUCGUCCAGGCUGAAAAGUGUGAUCCCCACGGCGAUUAUAUCCGUAAAUGGGUGCCCGAGCUCAAGAACGUGGAAGGCAAGGCCAUUUUUGACCCGUACCACCGCCUCGACCGGGACGAGUUUGAGAAGUUGGGUUAUCCGGAACCGCACGUUGAUUUCAAGGAGUCCAAGGAGAGAUGUAUACAGAGGUAUAAGCAGGAUAUGGCCGAUGCUGAUCCAUAG